AUGUCCAGCAAGAUGGCCAUCGGGAGUGACAUCGGCCAGGCCCGUCGGGCCGUGGAGCAGCUAAGGAUGGAGGCCGGCAUUGACCGUGUGAAGGUGUCCAAGGCGGCUGCCGACCUGUUGCAAUUCUGCACAGACCAGGCCAAGAGUGACCCCUUCCUCGUGGGCAUCCUGGCCGCCACCAACCCCUUCAAGGAAAAGACUCCCUGUGCCAUCCUGUGA